ACACACACACACACACACACACACACACACACACACACACACACGGAUCUCCUCCGUGCGAUUGCAGCAAUCUUAGACCUGGAAGGAGCUCGGGGCACCGCGGAGAGCCCGGCUGGGCUCCGGCGCUGAGGGGGAGACACUGGCCAAGCUCCCUGCCACAGCUACUGGCAAGAGUUGGCAAGCUCCUGGCGACCCCACAGAGCCCAAACAGCUGAGAGUCUCCAAAGAUCCUGCUGGCUCCUUGCGUGUACACAACAUAGCUACUGGGGGAGAGGAAAGGGUGGAAGUUUGCCAGCAAUGAGAAGAUUCAAUCAAAGGGCUCAAGGACCUACCUAGCCCUGACAUCCUGUGUCCUGAGGGUCCUCCCAGACCUAAUAUUUGGUGUUCUAAGGGCCAACCCAGCUCUGCUAUCUUCCGUUCUAAGGUUCUUGCCAUCUCCUGCACUCUCUGUUCUAAGGUUCUUGCCAACUCUGAUGUUCUAUGAUUCCAUUCAGCAGCCACGGCUUAGGCAGGGGCACCUGGCCCCAGGACAGGAAUGCAUGGAUUUCCAUCGCUGGUGUACACCUUGGAGAGUACACUAAGACUUUACCCUCUGUGGAGAGAGUCAAAAGAACCAGGUCCCUGGAUGAAUACCCCUACAAUCUCCGGCUGAGAAACUGGGAGAAGAGACUUGAACCAGCAAUUAGCUUUCAAGCUGCCUUUCCCCACUUACAUCUUUUUUUUUUUUUUGGUGAAGCAAUUGUGACUUACCCAGGGUCACGCAGCUAGUGAUUGUUAAGUGUCUGAGGCUUGAUUUGAACUCAGGUCUUCCUGAAUUCAGGGCUGGUGCUCUAUCCACUGCACCACCUAGCUGCCCCCACUUACAUCUCUUAACAAGAUCCCUCCUUCUCUAGAACUUUCAGUGAGGAAGAAUCAUAUGUAGCGAAAGGGGGAUGACCAUGAUAUGUUCUGAGGACAGAAUCCUUCUUUCCUUAUCUCAGAACAUCCAGCAGAAGUCCAAGUGAAAUUCACCUCUGACCCACCUUUUCUAGUUUCUCCUUCCUUGAAGAUCCUGGGGAACCAUCUUCAGCCAGUGUUGGACAUGAGCUAACAGCCCUGCUGGACUGUUCUUUGUCAUUUCAACCUGAAAAUCUCCCUUGGAAAGAGGUUUUGAGCUUGAUUGUGUUAGCCCAGACUUGUGGAGACUACAGGAUAUCCCUAGUUCUGUCCAAGCGAUAUCAACCAGGACAUACCCGCCUUGAAUCUAGAACUGCCUGCUUUGUGUGAGAAUUCUGCUCUCCCAAUUCUCCACCCCAUGACUUCUUUCCUCUUUGAUCCCCAAAACUAGAUCCCAAAAGGUGAGUCCGGAAUGAACCUGCUAUGGCCAAACUCUGGGUCAAGUUCCAGCGGUAUUUUCGCAGGAAACCAGUCCGUUUCUUUACCUUGGUGGCUCUCUACCUGACGGCUGGCAGCCUGGUCUUCCUGCACUCUGGCUUUGUGGGUCAGCCCGCGGUGGCCGAGAAUGAGCCCAACCCAGUUGUCAGUGCCCCUGAGGGAGCCGAGCUGCCAUACCAAGACCUCCUGCACCCAGAGAGGGGCUUCCGGGAGACCCCCGAGUCGCCCAAUGCUGUCCGCAGGUAUGGCUCUUGGCUUAAGAGUACCUCGACAAAGGAUUCAACUGAGCGGGGUAAGCUGGGAGACUACGGUGGGACCUGGAGCCGGGCCCUCAAAGGGAGAGUCCUCAGGGAGAAAGAGGAAGAAAGAGCAAAAUACGUCGGCUGCUACUUGGACAACCCCAGCAGACGGGCCCUUCGAGGAUUAUCCUUCUUUGACUACAAGAAGAUGACAGUCUUCCGCUGCCAGGACAGCUGUGCUGAGCGGGGUUACCUGUAUGCUGGGCUAGAGUUCGGUGCCGAGUGCUUCUGUGGCCACAAGAUCCAGGGGGCAAAUGCAAGCCAGGCUGAAUGCAACAUGGAGUGCAAGGGUGAGAAGAACAACAUAUGUGGUGGUGUCAACCGACUGUCCAUCUAUCGGCUUGAGCUGGCCCAGGAAUCUGCCCGGAGAUAUGGCAGUGCCAUUUUCCGAGGCUGCUUUCACAGGCCUGACAACCUGUCCUUGGCUUUACCUGUGACAGCCAUGAUGUUGAACAUGUCCGUGGACAAAUGUGUAGACCUCUGCACAGAGAAAGAGUACCCCCUGGCAGCUCUGGGGGGGAAGGCCUGCCACUGUGGUUUCCCCAAUACUCGCUUCCACCUUCAUGAUCAGGAAGAUGAGCAGCUCUGUGCCCAGAAAUGUGGCGGUGAAGAAUAUGAGAGCUGUGGGACAGCCAAUUAUUUCAUCGUGUACCAGACACAAGUGCAAGACAAUCGCUGCAUGGACAGGCGGUUCCUCCCAGGACAGUCCAAAGAGCUCAUUGCCCUGGCUAGUUUCCCUGGGGCAGGCAACACAUGGGCCAGGCACCUCAUCGAGCUGGCCACUGGUUUCUACACGGGCAGCUACUAUUUUGAUGGCUCCCUCUACAACAAAGGGUUUAGGGGUGAGAGGGACCACUGGAGGAGUGGGAGGACCAUUUGCAUCAAAACCCAUGAGAGUGGCCAGAAGGAGAUCGAGGCCUUUGAUGCAGCCAUCCUGCUCAUCCGAAACCCUUACAAGGCUCUUAUGGCAGAGUUCAACCGCAAGUAUGGUGGCCAUAUUGGCUUUGCCUCACAGGCCCACUGGAAAGGCAAAGAGUGGCCAGAGUUUGUGAGAAAUUAUGCACCAUGGUGGGCCACGCACACUUUGGACUGGCUGAAGUAUGGCAAGAAGGUCUUGGUGGUACACUUUGAGGACCUCAAGCAAGACCUGUUCACCCAGCUGGAGAGGAUGGUCAGCCUCUUGGAUGUGGAUGUCUUGGAGGACAGGCUCCUGUGUGUGGAGGGCCAGAAGGAUGGAAACUUUAAGCGCUCAGGGUUGAGAAAGCUAGAGUAUGAUCCUUAUACCCCUGAGAUGCAGAACACCAUCAACUCCUACAUCAAGAUGGUGGACAGGGCCCUCAAACUGAGGAACCUCACCGGAGUCCCGGAUGACUACUACCCAAGAUGAUGAUGAGGCAUGUGGGGUGACCAGGAGAGCAAGGGGAGGGAGGGAGGAGGACCAGGGAUCUCAACAGAAUGGGCCACCUCCAUAAUUUCAGAGCUAGCUAGACAGUUGGGCUAAAUUUCAGUCUUGGCUUUUGGGACGACCCAUUUUGCUGCUAUUUCAUUCAGGAGUUCCCUGCAAAAAAACCACACAUCCCUAAGAGGUUGUCACACAUUUCCACCAAUCCAAUAGGUUGUUGAGGUGCAUGAAUAUUUUACACACACACACACACACACACACACACACACACACACACACACGUGCCCAUUUCUGUCUUCUUCCUCUUCAUCCUUUUCCUCCUCCUCUUUCUUCUCCUCCUCCUCCUCCUUCUCUUUCUCCUCCUCUUCCUUUUUUCUCUCUCUGUCUGUCUCUUCUUUCUUUCUCCAUCUGUCUCUCUCACUCUAUCUCUGUCUAUCCCUCUCCUUUCCUCUUUCUUCUUUUGUCCCUACCUAUCUCCCUCUUUUCCCACCUACUUUCUCUCCUCUUUCCCCCACUCCCAUAUGCCUCCCUGUCUUUUUUUUUCUUUCUCACCCUCCCUUCCUCUUCAUGACCAUUGGAAGUUAUGACAAUUCAAGACCUCUUCUAUCAAUCUUUACUCUUGCCCUUCAUGAUUGUUUCCACCACACCCCACACCCCCCAACUGCUACAGUUUCCACCUGGGAGUGAGAAGGCACUUCAUCCUCUUGGGGAUAGAAACAGGAAGAGAAGUGGUUAUCCUUGAGACCUGGCUACAGACGAAGGGGGAAAGGGCCGGUGGUGAUAAACAGAAGAAGUCUCAGAUCCUGCCCCACCCACCCAGGCUGUUCACCUGAUAUCCACCUGGCUCUUCCCUCAUGCCCAACCUGAGAAUCUGAAGGUAUGAGAUGGAUAGUGUUGGGCUUGGAAUCAUGAGAGACACAAGUUGGAAUGCACCUCUUACUACUUAUUAGCUGUAUGACCCUGAGCAAGUCACAACCUUUCUGAGCAUCAGUUUCCAAAUCUGUCAAAUGGGAAGAAUUAUACCUGCAACACCUACCUUCAAGGGAUUGUUAUGAGGAUCACCUGAGACCACAGAUAUAGAGUGUUUUAGAAACAUUAACGUUCAAAUCUAAAUGUCGGCUAUUAUUAUUGUCUCUAGGUCAAUACAGAAAGAGUGCUGGAUUUGGCAUCGGGAAGUCCUGGGUUCAAAUCCCACUUCUUACCUUUACUAGCUGGCUAAACCACUUAGCUUCUAUGACUUUGGUGGAAAGGCAUCCCACACAGGGAAGUUCUCAAGGCUAAUAACAUCCUAGAUCCCCUGGGUUUUUGUGAAUCUGGGCUUGUUCUUAAUAACACAUCUAUCUUUACUUGUCAGUUCCUAUUCCUAAAAUGUGGGUUGGGGAGUCUCAGAGCAAAUCCUUUUCCCUCUUAAGGUCCCCAGGCUUGCUGGAUGGGGUCUAGGGAAAGUCAGUGGGCAAGAGGACAGCAAGGAGGAGACCUCGGGUUCCUGUGGCCUUCAAGAGUCAAUGACAUGUGGGAUUUAAUUCUUUACCUUCUUCCCCAACACUGCACAGGCCUAGGGGAAAUGAUGACCACACUGUAGACCUAGAUGCCCACCAGAGAGUGAGAGGAAGGGCACACAUGAAUGGCCACAGGGAGAUCUCCAUGGGAGCCAACAGACAGAUAAACCCCCUUUAGGUCCCUGUCGUUUGAUGUCUCCUUAUCCACUCCCGGGUCCAGAGAAUGCAUGUGCUGCUGGGACAAUUAAGGAAGCCACCACCAUAACGCCCAUUCCUAGGGAGGCAGAUGGAGAGCAGGCCUGGGAGUGAAAAGUCAUGCCUUGGCCACCUACCAGCAGUAUGACCCUGGGGAAGUCACUUCACUUCUCUGGCAUGCCACAGAAAACCCCAGGAUACUGACAAACCGGCAAUCUGCAUCAGAGGGGGGAAUUUUCACUGCAAGGAGCUCCCCAGGCCAAUGCAAUCCUAGGUCUAGAACAUUUAAGACACACUCCUCCGGCAGUUUAACGUGCUCUCCCCUUGGAGGUGCUGCAGGCUUUAUUAUCCCUACGGAGGAUUUAAGAUGGGGAGAGGGUUAGAAUGUAUGGUGAUCUGGCAGACUAGAACAGGAAUACUUAAAUCUCACCAGGUCCCCUUGCUCUCCCAGCCCCACCCGCCCGGCUUGACUUCUACCUCCAGCCCUCAGACCUGCCUGUUUUUCUUGGAGAGAUUUUUAAAGGACCGGAUGGGGGUGGGAGAGGAGAGAAGGAGGCAUCUCCAGCCAAAAACUGCUUUUUCAUCCUGGAGGCACCCAACCAAAGGAUUUCAGGGGGCCUGAGUCACUGGAACACCCAGCCCACAGAGACGGCUUUCUUGGGCUCAGCACGGGAAGGUGCAGACCAUCCCCCAGCCCAGAGCCCUCCUCCCCAUCUUCUCACCCACGAAGGUCCUCAGUACCACCUUCGAAUGUGGAUACUAAAGCCAUGCAGUGUCCACAGACUGUCUGGCCAAUAUAUGCAGCUUCCCCCAUUACUUGGAAUGUUCCCUUUCCCUUCAUGCUCCGCUCACUCCCAGGAGAGAGAAGCGCGCCUCCAAGGUGGCUGGAGGCCAACAAAGAAAUAUAUUUUUUUAAGAGGUGGAUGAAGAACCUGCUUCCCUUUGGGGAGCUCAAUCACACAAAAGAGGGGAUGCCCUUAGCCCCUUGAUUCUCCCUCACCCACAUUCCUUGACUUGACUUAAUCCCUCAGAGCCCUUGUCUUCAUCCGAAGGUGGACAUCUGUACACCAAGAGACACCCCGAGCCCAGGGGCCUAGGGGUCUCUGAAUGUAUUUUGUAUGCAGUUCCUUGGACUGAUUUUUAGUCUUUCUUUAGUAAAUCAAGGUGGGAGGGGGAAUUCGGGUGCCCUCACCCUGCUUGGAUGCCAGCUCUCCAGAGGGCAGCAUGCCCAGAAGAUGGACACCCGGGAGCUACCUCUGCCCCGGGGGCUUGGCCCAGCCGCCCACCUCUGUCUGAACACUCCUCAGGUUAAUGCCAUCAUUAAAUGAGCAUUUUGUCGAUUUUUC